CUCGACGUCGUCAACUUCCCUACCGCUACACCCAAUAUUUACAGACGAAACGACGAUGUCGCAGACAGAGAAGGUUUCAUUUACCAUACGUCGCCCGACCCCUUCCUCCAGAGCCACCUCAACAGGUGGCGACUCGGACGCGCCGGCAGGACUCAACUUCCGAGUGCCCUCGCUCCCGCGCCAUCUCACAAAUGGCAAGGCCAACGGGGCGUCUACACCAGGCAGUCCUCUCGCUGGCUCCCCACGAACCUUCAGCUCACGCGAUGCGUCACCUGAGAACGAUUUGGAGAGUAUACCGGUGAGGAGGGACGGAGACGAGUACUACGACUCGAGCGAGGAGGAGGAUAAGGAACAGGUCGAGCUCGUCACCGAGUUUGAUAGAGUCGCUGUCCAGCGGGCAAAGGACAAAAAGGGCAAACAGGCGCCCCUUGUCAUUCCUUCAGCCGCGAACCCGGAUUGGCGCGACCUAGCACGCAAGCGUCGCUCUCACAAGUCCUUUGUUCCGGAGGCGGGACGCGCAGGCACAGGUGCGGAUGGCAGCGUCGGCGGCCUCGGCACGCGCGACAGUAUCAACUCGGGUCCUCAGCUCUCCGGCAUUCAGCGAGUCACCAAGCGUGUCAAGGUCGAGCACCACUCCAACGACAUGGAUGUCGUCGAGGAAAAGACCACCAAGAUAGAAGCCGUUCCCUCAGCAGUCAAAGAAGAAACCGAGGACGAGAAAGCGCUUCGCGUUCUGCUCGCGGGCGAGGAUGGUACCUCGCAGGCGCUCGACAUCAUCACUCCCCAGCUCACCGAGGACGACGCGUUCGACCAGGACGUGAGCGCCCUCCCCGAGUCAGCCACCGCGGCAGACUACGCCCGCGUGCCCGUCGAAGCGUUCGGCGCGGCCCUCCUGCGUGGUAUGGGCUGGAAAGAGGGUGAAUCCGUCUCCCGCACUCGCAAGGGGCUCCCAGAGCCAUAUCUUCCCAACGCGCGCCCCGCGCUCCUGGGCAUCGGCGCAAAGGAACAGGAGGUGUACGACGAUGGGUCGAAGAAGGGGGAGAAGAAGCGCCGGAACGAUCCGAAGAAGUACGUGCCUGUCGUAAGACGCGAGUCAGAGCGGGACGGGGGGAGCGGGAGUCGGUCGGGCACGGCGUCGAGGAAGGCGUCGAGGUCACCGCCGAGGCGGUAUCGCGAGGAUGACAAGCGUGAGGGGGGCCGGGAUCGGGGCUACGAUGACAGAAGCUCGCGCAAGGAGCGCGACUACGAUGAUCGACGAAGAGACGGAAAGGACUAUGAUGACAGGAGAAGCGACAAGAGGGACUACGACGACCGGAGGAAGGACAGGCGGGAUGACUAUGUUUCGAGGGAUAGAAGGCGGUGA